AUGCCCCCAUUUUAAAAUGCACCUCAGGUGUCUUCCUCAUGCCGGCAGCCAUUCAUCUCCACCCAAACCUUCAAUCAUGCCGCUCCACCACCCAGCUGAAACAAGCGCACGCCCGUCUCCUCAAGCUCAACCCCCACCCCUUCGACGGCCGCGCCGCCACCCAACUCCUCUCCUCCUUCUCCCUCUCACCUUGCUCCAAUCUCUCCUACCCCUCCGCCAUCCUCGCCGCUCUCCACAACCCUUCCCCCUUUCACUGGAACUCUCUCAUCCACUCCAUCUCAACCAGCAAAUCCCCCAUUAAAGCCCUCUCCCUCUUCCGCUUCUUGCUCCGCCGAGGCCUCAAACCUAACAACCACACUUUCCCCCCUCUUCUCAAGUCAUGCCCUUCACUCCUCCACCUCCUCAUGAUCCAUGCUCAUGUCGUCAAGGGUGGGCUAGAUCCCGAUCCCUACAUACAGAGCGCGCUGAUUCACAUGUACUCCGCCAUGGAUCUCAUCGCCGCCCGCAAGGUGUUUGAGGGUUGCUCCAAGUUCGAGGCUUUUUGCUGUAACGCCAUGAUCGAUGGUUUCAUCAAGAACGGAGAAGUAGACCUCGCUCGUUCGGUUUUCGACCGCAUGGAGUGUCGAGAUGUCAUCUCCUGGAACACAAUGAUAAAUGGGUACGCCGUUCUGGGCUGUCUGGAUGAUGCAAAGCAGCUGUUCGAGGAAAUGCCUCAAAGAAACGUGGUGUCCUGGAACUGCCUUCUUGCAGGGCACGCCAAGUGUGGGGACGUUGAUGGCGCUCGCCAGACAUUUGCGGAGAUGCCGAACCGCGAUGUGAUUUCAUGGAAUUCAAUGCUAUCCUGCUAUUCGCAGAACGGGCAUUCGGUGGCAGCCUUGGCUUUAUUCGACGAAAUGCAAUGCGCAGGUAUGAGACCUACUGAAGCCACCCUUGUGAGCUUGUUAUCGGCUUGUUCUCAAAUUGGGGCAUUGGAUCGUGGGGAGCGCAUCCAUGCCUUCAUUCGAGACAGUGGGGUUGAGCUUGAUGCAGUUCUCGCCACUGCGCUGGUUGAUAUGUACGCCAAGUGCGGUAGAAUAGCAGAAGCAAUCGGAAUCUUUCAUUCUAUCGAGCACAAAGAUGUUCAUGCCUGGAAUGCCAUUAUGGCAGGCUUGUCGAUACAUGGACUCGCUGCAGAAGCUCUCGAUCUGUUUGACGAGAUGGUGAAAAGCUGCGCCAGGCCGGAUGACAUUACAUUUGUGGCUGUGCUCAGCGCUUGUAGCCACGCUGGAAUGGUGGAAGAAGGCCGCCGGGUGCUCGCUAGCAUGAAGGGGAGCUAUCAAGUUGAUCCAAAGGUUGAGCACUAUGGUUGCCUCAUCGAUAUGUUGGCUCGUGCUGGAUUGUUAGAGGAAGCAAUGGAGUUAACUCGAGUAAUGCCGAUGCAGCCCAAUGCGCAGGCAUGGGGAGCGUUGCUUGGUGGUUGCAGGAUCCACCGCAACAGCGAGGUGGCUGAGGAAGUGGGAAGGCGGCUUCUUGGGCUUCAGCCAAAGCACAGUGGCAGAUACAUCCUCCUCUCCAACAUCUACGCCACAGCAAAUCGUUGGCAAGAAGCCACUACUCUGAGAAACAUGAUGGCCAACAAUGGCGUUCCGAAGAAUCCCGGAGUCAGCGUAAUAGAGCUCCAUGGCACCACAAACCACUUCAUGGCCGGCGACAGAUCCCACCCUCAAACAGAACAAAUCUACAUGAAACUAUCCGAGAUUUCAGAACGUCUGAGAACUGAGACUGAAUAUUUACCAGACACGAAGCAGGUUCUUGCAGACGUCGAGGAGGAGGAGAAGGAGCAGCUGCUCUCCGUUCACAGCGAGAAAUUAGCCAUUGCGUUUGGUCUCCUGUGUGCAAGUCCUGGAGAAGCCAUUAGAGUUGUUAAGAACCUUCGGGCCUGUACAGAUUGCCACACUGUGUCGAAGCUCAUCUCCAGAGUUUAUUGCAGAGAGAUUGUGAUGAGGGACCGGAGCAGAUUUCAUGUGUUCAAGGAGGGUGCGUGCUCUUGUGGGGAUUAUUGGUGAAGAGAUGUUAUGUUGUUUUUAGCUUAUGAAGGGAAGAUUUUUAUGGCAUGGGAAGGUGUACAUUUCAUGUAUUUACAUGUUUAACGGCUAUAACUUAUAUUUAAUGUCACGCACAAGUAUCAACAUCAUCUUUUAUCUUUUUGGCACUUACAUGCAUAUCACCCAAUUCAUUUCAGACAGAUGAUAUGGCUUGUAUGUAAAGAUUGAUAUGUAAAUCUUACCUUUUUACGGUCGGGGGAAGUCUCUCUAUCGACUUUUUCAGGUGUUCGGCACUCUUUUUAAAAAGGAGCAUUUACAUACAUACCACAUAAUUCCUAUGUAUUUAUAUAUCUAACACCUAGGCUUUAUUUU